CCACAGCCUUACUAGAUACAAGUUCGGCACUCCUAUGCAGUCUCCUGAUGGAAACCAGCUCUGGUGCCCUGGCCAGUCGCUGUGGAGCCUGAUCAUUGAGCAUGUUCCUGGGUCAGAGCUGCCAAAGAUCCACACAGCACUAGGCUACUCUAUAGUUGACAUGUACAUAGAGAUGCACACUGAGGUGGAGAUGCAGUACAAGAUGUGGCAAGAGAAGCGGCGAAGAAACAAGGACAGCAGGAAGGGGACGCCGCUCCCUUUAGCCGACCCCCCAGAAGUCAAAGAGCUGGUGAGAGCCGAGGUCAAGAUGUUACUGCAAACUCUGAGAGAGAGAACCAGCAGAGAGGGAGGGUAG